AUGAGCGGAGAGCUACACCAGCGGCUCUGGCGUCGAGAAUGUGGAGAUGCGUCUCGCCGGGCAGGAAUCAGCAGCCUGUACGGCUCGUCGGACUGGAUUAAGGAGCUGGAUAUUGUGAAUGAACUGGGUGGGCAUACCGGUUGUGUCAAUGCACUGAGCUGGUCACGCUCUGGACAGUUCCUGGCCUCUGGCUCCGACGACCUCCAUCUGAACAUUUACUCGUACCAGCCGGACUCCUCGACCGCGCCCUUUGCCCUCAACACCACCGUUUUCACGGGCCACAAGGCCAACAUCUUCUCCGUCAAGUUCAUGCCCCAUUCCAACGACCGGACCGUGGUGACGUGUGCCGGCGACUCGCAGGUGCGCGUCUUCGACAUCGAGUAUGCGGCCCGCAACGGGGAUAUGGCGGCCACCUCGGCCUUCCGGGCCUCGGCGCGGAGCCGGCGGUUCAACAACUUCUUCACCGGUGCCCGCUACCUGAGCGAGGGAAACACAAAUGCACGCGUCUACCGGAGCCACGCCGAUCGGGUCAAGCGCAUCGUCACCGAGUCCUCCCCAUACCUGUUCCUCACCUGCUCCGAGGAUGGCGAGGUGCGUCAAUGGGACCUACGCCAGCCUUCCUCCUCCUACCCGGCUCCACGCGGUGGGCAAGGAUUCAUGGCCUAUCGGCCCGGCCUGGAGCAUGACGACACCAACGUUCCCCCCCCACUGAUCAGCUACAAGCGCUACCAUCUCGAUCUCAAUACCAUCUCGUGCUCGCCGAGCCAGCCGCACUACAUUGCCCUGGGCGGCGCCCACCUGCACUGCUUCCUCCAUGACCGGCGCAUGCUGGGCCGAAAUACUCUGACCGAGCAAGGUCGUCCCGGUGGUGGCGGCGGCCUCGCCACAAGCACCAGUCUUCACGAGGACGAGCUCAUGGGCCAUGCGACCCGCUGUGUGCGCCGGUUCGCCCCCGGCGGCAAGAAGCGCAUGCAUAGCCAGAGCGACGGCCAUAUCACCGCCUGCAAGAUUAGCGACGCGAACCCGAACGAGAUGGUGGUGAGCUGGUCCGGCGAGCACAUCUACAGUUUCGACCUCAUCCGGAGUCCCGAUGCUCGCGAGAUGCCAGAAGGCUCGUCGGCACCUGAAAGUUCGUCGGCCCGGAAGAAGGGCAAAGCCUCGGGGGCAAGCAGGAAACGCAAACGGCAGAAGGGGGCCUCCUCCUCGUCCCUGAGUAACAGUAGCGGAAACCAACCACCGCGGCGCCAUCUACCGGAGCAAAAUCAGGAGCAGCAGGACAACGACGACGACGACGACGACGACGACGCGGACGAAAGUGAAAAUCUCUCGUUCCGUGUUCGCUACGCAAACGGAGAGGCCGAGGAGAUCCCCAUCCCGCCCCGGCCAGAAGGGGAAGCCAUUGAGAGGGCGAGAAAUUCCUUGCUGAAUGAAGCCCAACGGGUCAGCCUGCGGAUUGCCAAGAGCCUGGUGCGCCUCCGCAAGUCUCUGUUUUCUCUGGAAACGACCCUCCGCGAGGCGGUCGAGGAUCGCAACGAGGACCUGACCUCGUUCACUUCCUCCUUUUCGGCCUCUCUGACGCAUGCGUCUGCUUGUCUGCCCCAGAUGGCGGAGACCAUGAGCACCUGGACGUACCCGGUGAACCCGUCGGAGGACGUCGUAGCGUUUCAAAAGUCCCUGCGGCAUAACCGCCAGGCCGCCUGGCGGUUCGUCCAGGCCGCGGGCACCGUUUCACGAGUGCUAGGGGGCCGGCUUGACCCGGCCGCUCUUGGUAGCGAUGAGGCAGGCAACCUGGAGCACGGCAGUCUUCUUGACCCGGAAGAUGGGUUCCAUGAAAUCACCCUUGCCCCCGCCGAACCCGAUACGAUCGACCGGGCGUCGCAGUUCGGAUACGACUUUCUGCGCGCCAUCCUGCUGUGGGUUGAGGGCGGCCGGUCUGCCCUACUGGAAGGGUUUAAGCACAAGGCAUCGCAAAGACGGCUUCAUCGCAACCGGUUUCCUGUCCCCGAGAGCGCGGACGACAGCGCCAUCGAGGAGAGAUUGAUUCCGUAUCUGCGCGAUCUGGCUGGACUCUCCCCCGUCGUGAAUGUCGAUGCGUCCCGCUUCGAAACCGAUCAGACCCGCGUCCUCUUCCCUACCCAGGCGGUCGCCGUCACCGCGUUUGGGAAUGCGGUCCGGCUGCCCCUGGAGGAUCUACAGGGUACCGCCGCCCGAACGGAGAGCACCGGCCGGGAGGACACGGAGAUGGGGGCGGGCCUUCCUCGCGUCCGCGCGUUGGAUCGCAAUGCAACGAAACGAUUCUGGGGGCUGAAAGUCGCCCGGGGUGUUUUGAUGGAAGUGGGGACGGGAGUCAACUUUGAGUUUGUUAAUCGGGCCUUUGGAGGCCUGCAAACUACCCUCCUGGGAACCACCGAAGGAGAUGACGGGGAUGACGAAGAACCAGAGUCUCCUGAACGCAUGCAGGAAGAUAUCGAUCCCGAAGAAGAAGAUGAGGAGCCCAUUCAAGGGAUCAGUCUCAUGUUUUCCAGUCGUACUGGACAUCACGAGGCACAAGACUCGGAUGGAGGCGAGGAGAGCUCCAUGAGACUAGGCGAGGAUAGCAGUGAGAGCGACGAUGAGGAUGAGGAUGAAAUGAACGAUACUUCGGAUGAAGAUGAAGGUGAAGAUGAAGACGACGACGACGACGACGAUGAUGAUGAGGAAGCCGAGGAGCGUUUCAUCAGACGGUACGGGCUACGACGGACGCGUCGCGAAGACGUCGCACUCGACGUGCCGUGCUCGUCGCAUACGCGCGUGUUCCGCGGCCACUGCAAUAUCAAAACGGUCAAGGAUGUCAACUUUUUCGGACUGGAUGACGAGUACGUCGUGAGUGGGAGCGAUUCCGGACACGUUUUCAUCUGGGAGCGGAAAACGGGGAAGCUAGUCAACAUCCUCGAGGGGGAUGGAGAGGUCGUCAAUGUCGUGCAAGGCCACCCGUAUGAACCUACCAUGGCCGUCUCCGGAAUCGACUCGACCAUCAAAAUCUUCUCUUCUGACCGACGAGCCCAAAAUGAUGCACGCGAGGGCCUGAAUAUCCUCGACCCCGAUAAUGCGGCCAAUUCGCUCCAGGGAGACGCCCGGCGAGUUGGCGGGCUGCGUAGCUGCAAGCGUCUAGACGAUAGCUACCGGAUCAUGAGCCAGAAUGACGUCGAUCGCCAGGGCGGAAUGAGCGAAGCUUUCAUCACGAGGAGCAUGCUGGCUCGACUGGCCGCGACGCUAAGAGAGCGACAGACCACCGCCGGCGGCGUGACGGGCAUCACCGGUGGGAUCACGGGUGGGAAUACGGUCAUCCAGGACGAGAACUGCAGCGUUAUGAUGGAAGACCGCACAAGUAUAACGACAGCCCUCUACGCCGACCCUCACAACCCACACCUGCACCUCGCUCGCGGCCGGGUGCACGAACGCCUGGGCUUUCCCGACCUCGCGGCUGCGGAUGCGUACCGGGCUCUCUCGCUGUUGGAAUCGGUGGUGGAUCCGGACGGAUACGAAUACCAUGCUAGAAAGGCGGUAGCCAGCGAGGGGAAUGGAGAUGACGAUGAAGAUGAAGAUGAAGAUGGAGGGUUCGAAGCUGUGAGCGAAGGAGAAUACGACGCGGUGAUUGGGGAAGUGUACUCGCUGCUUGUGCGGAGUCUGGUCCGGUGCGGCUGUUUCAGGGAUGCGUACGAGUUCUGCGUGCGUGGGAUGAGUCUGUCGCGGGUAGAUCUUACGGAAGACGAGGGUCUCCGUGAGCAGAUGAGGCUGAUCAAACGGAAGUACCUGGAGAGACAGGGGGGGAAUGAUCCGGACGCCGUGGAGAAUCUCGACGCGGUGGAUGUUGACCCUGCUGCGCUCAAUGCCCAAGGGUACGCCCGACGGGUCUUGUACCCGUGGAACGAGCAUGAACCGGACCGGAAGGCGGCCGAGACACUGAGCCUGCUCAACGACCGGUUGAAGGAAGUGGCGCCCAAGUGUGAGGUGCGCGCUGUGGCGCUCCCGGCGCUGCAUGGGACGAUGUCUGGCAAGGGAGAGGACAAUGAAGAAGGGGAGGGAGAAGUGUCCGUUCAGCUGGGCCUCUUCGCCAAGGAGGACAUUUCCCCGGGCGAGAUCAUCCUGCGAGAAUCUUCCCUCCUCACAGCCACCAAUCGGCUGCACGACGAUCUGUGUGAUGCAUGCAACGCACCACUGCCGGAGCUCUCGUCGGAGACACCCCCCGUCGCCUGCGAGGAUUGCGACGAUACCAUCUUCUGCAGCCAGGACUGUCAUGACCGCGCAGCACAGGUCUACCACAGCGCCGUGUGCGGCUUCGACGGCCUGGACUCCAUCGGCAAGGAUAUCCCCGACCCCAAGGACAAAGCGGACUACCUGUACCUGCUCCUGCUGGGCCGCGCGAUCGCCAUGGCCGCCACGCAGGAUGUCCACCCGCUCGACCUCCCAGAAGUCAAGUACAUCUGGGGUGAUUUCCACAGUCUGGACGAUGAUAUAUCGCCAUCUGCGUCGAAUCCCCUCGCCCUGCCCUUCUCCUUCCAGCUCAACAUCCUUCAGCCCACGCGUAUCCUGGAGGAGAUGGAGCUCGACCCCUUCGCCACUCUACCCCGGUACGACACCUGGGUGCUCAACACUCUGUAUGCCAAGUUCCGCGGCACCGCGUCCGGCCGUCUCUCAACUUGGGAUGGCGGCCCGGAGGUCUGCGCCGUCCAUCCGCUGUGGUGCCUGGCGAACCAUUCCUGUGAUCCCAAUGUCCGCUGGGAGUGGGGUGGGGAAAUCACCUUCAUGGCGCGGAGAAGGUCGGAAAGAGCCGUGUGGGCUGGCAAGGCGGAGGAUGACCGACGCGGCGAGGACUUGGAAGGAAUCCGGAAGGAUGCCGAGAUCCUCAAUCACUAUUGUGAUAUCGGAUUGGCGGUCACGGACCGGAGAGAAUGGGCUUGCGGUGCCUUGGGAGGUUUCUGUCAAUGUGAGAGGUGUGUUUGGGAAGCAGCUUUGAAAGAGUGA